CAUGCUUCUUCUCUCUUCUUCUUAAGUCCUGGCGUCGGCUCACUAUGCCGCCAUGUUAAAGUGCAGUGUCAUCAGCGUUGAUCAGCGCGCUCCGUAAAAGUGAGUGACAAUCGUCCGAUCAGUCUCGCACGCGUUGCACAGCGAUUUUUUCUACAUCGGUAAGCAUGUCGAGCGGAGCGCUUUUCGGUAACACCGCGUCGCGCGGUGCCUCGAAAAAUCUGGUGGAGUUCAAGGCCGGCAAGAUGACUAUGAAGGAUAAGAUGGUUUAUCCGGACACGCGGAAGGGUCAACUCUACGUCUAUCAGUCCGACGACUCGUUGAUGCAUUUCUGCUGGAAGGACCGCACGACCGGAGUUGUCGAGGAUGACUUGAUAAUCUUCCCUGAUGAUUGUGAAUUUAAACACGUUCCUCAGUGUAAGACUGGCAGAGUGUAUCUUCUACGGUUCAAGUCAUCGAGUAAGAAGUUCUUCUUUUGGCUGCAGGACUUGAAAACUGACAAGGAUGAAGAACACUGUAGAAAAAUUAACGAUGUACUUAAUAAUCCACCGACUCCUGGAUCUCAAAGAAGUGGUGGCGCCAAUCCUGAGGGGGAUCUUCAGAAUUUGUUGAACAACAUGUCGCAGCAGCAGCUAAUACAAUUGUUUGGUGGUGUCAGCCAAAUCGGUGGCCUUGGCAGUCUAUUAGGCACAAUGAAUAGACCGCAUGGUGUUCAAAGCACAAGAGCUUCCACUACAACCUCCUCCACCCCAGCCUCCACCACAAAUACAUCUAGAUCGACUCAUUCAUUGACUCCUGGAUCUACUACAGACUCGUCCAAGUCUACGAAUAAUAAUAAUCAAUUGUCAGCGAGAACACCAGCUCCGUCCACACCGUCCGCUCCAGCAACAACGGGUCCAAGCAAUAGAAUACAGCUUAGCGACUUGCAGAACUUUCUAUCGGAAAUUCCAACGCCACCACCGAUGGAACCAACCGUGCAGAGGGGCGUAGCGACAGAGCUGACCAAUGCCAUCCCAGCGGCGAUUUCUACGACGGAGAGCCUGGAGAGUGCCAUGAACAUGCACUUGCCACCCGGGGACAACCUGUGUACCACGCUCUCGUCCCCCCAGUUCUGCCAGGCGCUAUCAAUGUUCUGGUCUGCUUUGCAGUCGGGCCAGGCGGGCCCAGUCAUCCGUCAGUUUGGCUUGGGAUCGGACGCCGUCAAUGCCGCGGCCAGUGGUAACAUCGAAGAGUUUGUCAGCGCGAUGGAGUCCGAAGCUAAGAACGGUCAGGGACAACAAACGCAGCAACAACAGGGCCAAGACGACAAGAGCAAGAAGCAGCCGUCGUCGACCGCUAGCCCCGAUAAGAAGGAUGAUGACGAUGAAGGCAUGGCUUUAGACUAAGGAUAGGAUUCGCGCGCGCAUAUCUUUCGUUGCUUUCUUUCUCUUUUUUCUUUCUUUCAUUUUCCUUUCUAUACUUGGAACUUUGCGCGAUGUAUAUUAGGCCUGGUCUACACUAGCCUUCAGUUUUAUGCUCUAAGACAUAAUUUCUGGCAAAAAGUUUUUUCCGCGCUACUUUGACAGUUGGAAUCCGGUCAACUCGCUUGGAGAUUUCAGCAGUGGAAAACUACGCUACAGUUUUCGGCUUGGAGCAUAAGACUAAAGCAUAAGACUUACUACACUUAUUGAAGACCCGGACUUAUUGUCAUGAUGGUCUGCAUACGAUGAUAAACUUCUUCCCGAAGACGCGAUUCUUUUCCAAUUUAAUUUUGAGGCGUUUCAAUAACACGCUUUCACCAGUGCGUAUGUGAAUGUUUUUUCUAAGUGUUCGAUAACCCUAUAUUUAUAUAUAUAUAUAUAAAUGAAUAAUUAAACUUGAUGCUGUCAAUAAAUAGUUAAAUAAAAAAAAUUGUAAAAUUUCAUCAUUUAUUAAAGUUACUUAUAUGUGCGGAAAUUGACAUAGUUAAAUCGGAUUUUUGUAUAUGAUACACAUACACGUCUACUGGAUCUAUCAAAUUGUGAAUACUUAAAUAUAACAAAUUUUAACAUAA